AUGAUUCGUAGGCCUCCCGUUCUGUGUCCGGGCGGAGCCGGUGGGCCAUGCUUGGGCGGUGGACUCUACGCUCGGCCUAGGCACCACUACAUCUACUCGAUACGGGAGGCGAUCCGAACCAAUGUCAAGAACAAUACUCGUCAUACGUGCCUCACCGCUUCGUGCGUCGAUGAGACAACUCUCCGACGAAACAGGCCGGCAUGUCCGGCGGAUGCGACGCGUCGCAAAGGUGGGCAAGGGAUGAAACAAGCCCUGAAACCCGUGGGGAACGGGAUCGAGCUGACUAAGGUGGUGUUGUUUCGACGCCGCUCGCUUUCUGCUCUUUUGUCAUCUCGUCUGCCAUUUGAAUCCAGCCCAGCCCAGUCAUUCAUUCCGUGGACCCUUUGCGACUCCCUGGUAAGUAAUACACCACCCCUUGCCCCUGCUGAACACGUCGGGCCGACGCCGGCCAUUGACCACCCUCCGGCCCCCAACCGCCAUCUCUUCUCAUUUGCACACGCCAUCAACACUAAUGCAAUUCCCGGCUGA